AUGGCAAGUCCGAAUACAGAUACCUACCUGGAGAAAGAUCCAUCAGCUGUGGACGAAUAUGUCCACAGUCAUGUCGAGGCCACCGGGGGCAGCAUCGAGACAAUUGACGUCCGCUCCGAACGAAAGCUGCUGCUGAAACUCGACAUGUACUUUGUCCCCAUCAUCAUGCUGGUCUACCUCACCUGCUUCCUCGACCGGAGCAACAUCGGCAACGUCAAAGUAGCCGGCAUGCCGGAAGACAUUGGCGCCUCGCCCAAGGAGUUCUCAACGGCCAUCUCGAUCUUCUACGCCACCUACGUCGCGUUCGAGCCGCCGUGGACCAUCAUGAUGAAGUGGAUGACGCCGCGCAUCCUCCUCACCAGCCUGUGCGUGAUCUGGUCGCUGUGCACCAUCUUCACGGGCUUCGUCCACAACGUGGCGGGCCUGUACGCGGUGCGGCUCAUCCUUGGUGCCUGCGAGGCGGGCUUGUUCCCGGCGCUGAACCUGUACCUGACAAUGGUGUACAAGCGCCAGGAGCAGGCGAUUCGCGUGUCAUACCUGUUUGUGUGCACUGCCAUUGCGGGUGCGUUUGGUGGCCUCUUGGCAUACUGCCUGUUGAAGAUGGACGGCAUCGCGGGUUUGGCGGGCUGGCGAUGGGUGUACAUCAUCGAGGGGAUUUUCUCGAUUCUUAUCGCCCCGCUCAUCUGGUUCGGCCUGCCAAACGACCCGUCAAAUGCGUAUUUCCUCACCACCGAGGAGAAGCACAUCAUGAAGGUUCGUGCGAUUCAGCGAGCCCAGUACAUGGGAAGCGAAGAGUUUAGCUGGGAAGAGAUCCGCAUCGGACUGAAAGAUCCGAAAUUAUACCUGAGUGGAGCAAUCCAGUUCUGCCAAGAUAUUCUCCUGUACGGCUUCAGCACCUUUCUUCCAUCAAUCAUUGUCAGUAUGGGCUACACGGUGAUACAAGCCCAGUACCUGAGCAUUCCGGUGUACAUCUUUGGCGGUCUCGCAUUUCUCGGCGCGGCCUUUCUGUCGGACCGUUACUGCAUCCGCGGUCCGCUUCUCUGGCUCGCCAACCUACCCGGUAUCGUGGGGUACGUGCUCAUCAUUUGCUCCGCCAGCAACGGCGUCAAGUUUCUUGGGACGUUCCUGUGCGCCAUUGCUGUGUACAACGGACCGGGCUUGAACCUAACGUGGUUGAACGUGAACGUGGCGCCUCACUACCGUCGCGCGACGGCAAUCGGAAUGCAGCUUAGCAUUGGUAAUUCCGCGGGCGUGGUGGCGGGCCAGAUCUAUCGCACCGCGCCGUACAGACUGGGCAACAUUUUCUCCGUGGCGGCGCUGGGGCUCGCGCAGAUGCUCAUCAUUGUAAAAUGGCUGUACCUACGACAGCAGAAUCGACAGAAGGACAAGUACCUGGCAGGGUCGGAGGAUAAACGUCGGGUGAGAACGGGAGACCGGGCGCCUGAUUUCAAGUAUCAUCUCUAG